UAGAUUCUGUGUUUUUCUGACUCUCUCUGCAGAUUAAUAGUCCUCACGUUUUUUAAUGGGAACAGAUAACCAGACAUGGGUAAGAGAAUUUAUCCUCCUUGGCCUGUCCAGUGACUGGGACACUCAGGUGGCCCUCUUUGUCCUCUUCUUGGUCAUGUACCUGGCGACAGUGCUGGGGAACUUUCUCUUUGUUCUUCUGAUCAGACUGGACAGCCGACUGCACACUCCCAUGUAUUUCUUUCUCGCCAACCUCUCCCUUGUUGAUGUCUCCUAUGCCACAAGCAUAGUCCCUCAGAUGCUGGUACAUUUUCUUGCAAAACAUAGAGUCAUCCCACUCCUGAGCUGUGCAGCCCAGUUAUUUUUCUCCCUGGCAUUGGGUGGGAUUGAGUUUGUUCUCCUGGCAGUGAUGGCCUAUGACCGCUAUGUGGCUGUGUGUGACCCCCUGCGAUACUCGGCCGUCAUGCAUGCAGGGCUGUGUGCUAGGCUGGCCAUCACGUCCUGGGUCAGUGGCUUCGUCAACUCUCUCAUGCACACUGUCAUCACCUUUCAGCUGCCCACGUGCACUAACAAGUUCAUUGAUCAUAUAUCCUGUGAAAUCCUAGCUGUGGUCAAGCUGGCUUGUGUGGACACCUCCUCCAAUGAGGUUGCCAUCAUGGUCUCUAGCAUUGUCCUUCUGAUGACACCCUUCUGCCUGGUUCUUUUGUCCUACAUCUGGAUCAUCUCCACCAUCCUAAAGAUCCAGUCCCCAGAAGGAAGGAAGAAAGCCUUCCACACGUGUGCCUCUCACCUCACGGUGGUUGCCCUGUGCUAUGGCAUGGCCAUUUUGACUUACAUCCAGCCCCGCUCCAGUCCCUCCGUCCUUCAGGAGAAGCUGAUCUCUCUCUUCUAUGCCCUUUUGACACCCAUGCUGAACCCCAUGAUUUAUAGUCUAAGGAAUAAGGAGGUGAAGGGGGCCUGGCAGAAACUAUUAGGGCAAUUCUCUGGGUUAACGUCAAAACUGGCAGCUUGAUGAUUCAUGAACAUCACUGAGAGAAAAGAGCUUUGCCUCAGUGUUCUCCACCCAACUCAGAUGUGACAGGCAUGAACCGCAUUGCCCUG